AUGGGUUCAUCAUGUCAUUAUUUCAAUGCCGACGACGACCUCAACCCUAUUGCCGUCAAACUGUUGGCCCAAAAGGUGGCAAAAAUACACUCAAAAUACAUACCGAUUGCCAGAAACGGCACACAAAAGACAAUGAAAAUAGUUUUCGAGGACUGGUUUGAUAGCCACCGGAUUGAGUCCUACAGACAGGGAGUCAUACGUAAAGAGAUAGAGAAACAAAAGUGUGAAACACUUAUGGAA